GUUUGGAUGUCACGCACAUUGCGAUACCUUUUAAGUUCACUGGUUACCUUAGCAACGUUCACAUUUUACUGUUUAUUAGUGUCCUUAGGUCGAUUUCUUUCAUAAUGGCCAGUCUUAAAAUCGGAAAUGAUACGGAAGAUAUGUUUUACGAAAACCUUUCCUUGGGAUUAGCAAAAGUGUUGAAUAAUAUUCCAAGAAUAACCAACGUGACGCUCGAGAAACGGCUGCCAUGCGAAAAGGCUCAAGUUACGGCAUGGGAAUCGAGGCACAAUGUUUAUCUUCCGGACGACAUGAAGCGGUUUUAUCUUUCUACGGAUGGAUUCAAUUUUUACUGGAGCUACCAAUAUUCCCCCAAUGAUGUAAGACGUGUUGGUCACAUACACUUUCCACAUUUAAUACAGAUAACUUUGGUUAGGGACAACAUUGACACCAUCCUAACCGUUAGUCCAAAUACGACUCUCACAGUUCCGCCCAUCAUCCGGCAAUCGAAUUACGUCGAUCUUAGCUCGGGAAACCUCGAUCACCUUAAUUUGAAUUCAAGAAGCAAAAUUUUUGAGCUCAGCACGAUUGCAAACCUGGCCAAGGUGUGCCUUGUGUACGAAACGCCGGAAAGUUCAAGCCCAAAAAUAUUUCUCCUCGAGACAAAUUCUUUACGGUGGCAAUUUCUUGCAGAAUCGUUCACCGAGUACUUGCGAAUGAGCAUUGCUCAUUUGGGGCUACCGUACUGGGAACUGUGCUUCUCCAGCUGUGGUUUGCCUGCUUGGACUGAGCAACUCUUCCUGCUACUAGCACCACAUCUUUUAGAGAAAAACGAUAAUCGAAGGCUUAAAAAUAUAGUUUGCAUUAAUGAGAAUCCACCAUAUAAUGUACUAGAUCCGGCCGUGUUUCGGACAAAGCUUCGCUGCUCGCGUCAGACACAGAAAAUGCGAUUGAAUAAUUAGAUACUUUGUAUAAGGGUA